AUGUCUGACUUCCCUCCAAACUUAUCGAUCAGGCCGUUGACUAUUGAAGACCUUGACCAAUGUGUUGAAUUAGAGAAUAAGGGAUUUUCUACAGAUGAAAGGUGUACUCCUGAAAAGUUCAAGUACAGAUUGACAGUCGCCCCAGAAUUGUGUUCAGGUUUGUUUGUCAGAGAAUAUGAGUACAAAUACAACGCCAUCAACUUACCUGAUGUAGCAGACAGACUUGAAAAGGAACACUCUAAAAAUGGGGACAAAGACGACAGUGAAGAUGAUGAUGAAUUACCAAUCAAAUCAUCUGUGGUUAAAGAAACAUUGAUUGGACACGUUAUUGCAACAAAGAUUGCUUCUGAUAGAAUCACCGAUGCAUCCAUGCAAUUGCCAUCCAAAGAUGUUAAAGGAUCUGGUCAUUUUGACAACUCCAGAAACAUUGGUAUCCAUUCGGUUGUUAUUGAUCCAGAAUGGAGAGGUAAGAAUUUGGGUGCAUUGUUGUUGCACGACUACAUUCAAAAGUUAUCUAAUCAAGAUUUGGGAGAUCAAAUUGUAAUAAUCAACAAGAAAGACUUGAUUCCAUUUUAUGAAAAAAUAGGGUUCAACAAUUUGGGUGAAAGUGAAUGUAAAUAUGCUGGAACUACUUGGUAUGAUAUGGCUAUUGAUUUAGUUGCAACUGAUGACCUUUAG